AUGGCGGUCUCGCAGUCGACUCAGUUCUCGACACAGUCCACGGAGCCCGCUUCCCAAGUCUCCAUGAUGUUCAUCGACAAAGACAUCUGGGGAUCUCUCAUCCCCUGCAACUCUCAGAACCCCCAUCUGCGUCGAAUAGACAUGUGCCACAACCAGCGCAAGUACACUUUCGGGCGCAGCAGAAAGGAGGGAGUGAACGACGUUAUUCUACCUUUGCACGCCAAGAUGAGUCAGACACACUGCACGAUCGAGUGGGACGGCGACCACUCAAAGUCUUCGGUGAUCAUCACGGACUGCAACUCGUCAAACGGCACCUUCAUUGGGGACAGGAAACUCGGCCGGGGCGAAUCCUCGCUCCUGAAGGACUGGAGCCAGAUCUCCUUCGGGCCUCCGGUGACCAACAAGGACAAGGAUGCGCGACCGAAGGAGGAUUACCGCUACAUCUUCCGACACAUGGCCGCGAUCCGCCGCGACCCCGCGGACGGCGCGAAGGAAGGUCUCUACGACCUGUACGACAUCUCGCACGUGCUGGGCAAGGGCGCGUACGCGACCGUCGUGCGUGCGCUGCACCGGCGCGAGCGUGUCUGGUACGCGAUCAAGAUGUUCCCCGGGGAUCGGCUUCGUCAGGCUCUCGACACGUCGAUGAGUCGCGGGAUCGGGGAGAGCACGACGACGAAGAGCUUGAUGAAGGAGGUGACGAUCUUGCAGAUGAUGAAUCAUCCGAACAUCUGUGGGCUCAAAGAGGCGUUUUACGAGGGCGAUAGCAUCAGCAUUGUGCUGGAGCUGUGUCCCGGAGGAGACCUGAUGUCAUAUUUGUACAAGCGGGAUGUUCUGCUCGAACCAGAAGCGCAAGACAUGACCUACCAGAUUUGCGAUGCGCUCAAGUACAUGCACCGGCUGGGCAUCGUGCACCGCGAUCUCAAGCCCGAAAAUGUGCUCCUCACUACCGAGCAUCCUCCAAUCGUCAAAGUUUCCGAUUUCGGACUGGCGAAGGUUCUCGACUCGCUGUCUGUUCUGCAGACCAAAUGCGGCACGCGCGGCUUCGCGGCCCCGGAGGUGUUGGCGCACGGCACGAAUGGGUACGACAACGUCGUGGACAGCUGGAGUUUGGGCGUCAUGGUCUAUUUCAUUCUGACGAAGAAGCAUCCCUUCGCGGACUCCCACGAGGAAGACGAGGGGCCAAAUUGGGAGCUUCUGAACGACUACAACAUCGUCGGCGAAGGAGAGGCUUUCCUCCGCUGCCUCCUCGAGCCCAACCCCACCGCACGCCUCGCGCCCGAACAGGCCAUAAAGCACUCCUGGCUUACGCAGAGCAAAGCGCGCGUCAAGACACGCCGCCUCGAGCGCGAGCUCUCC